CUUUCUCUCUCCCUUCCUUUACUGCCUCUUGUAUAAGGUACCGCACAGCCUCUUUGCUCUUCAUAGUCUUCUUCAUCUUACACUUUCAUCACAUUUAUCUCCUACAUUACUCCCAGUAGACACACUUCAAGCUUUCGAGGCGGUAAAAGAACAGAUGAAGCGAGCUUUGGAAAUCACUUUGAUAUCCGGAGAGAACCUACGGCUCAACAAAAAGCCUGUGAAAAACGCGGUCGCAGUGGUCCGAGUGGAGCCCGGCCGGGAGUGCUCCACCAAACCCGCGCCGGAGAAAGGAACAAAUCCCGAGUGGAACGAGAAUCUCGUUGUUGACUUGCCGCAGCAUGCGGGCUUCAUUACCGUGGAAGUGAAGUGCAAGAGCUCGUCGGGUAGUUACAAGCUCAUUGGCGGGGCGACAGUACCGGUUUCAGACUUCGCUGGGGAUUUUGGCGCGCCGAAGGGUUACGUGCAAUUUCUGAGUUAUAGGUUGAGGGAUUCUCAUGGCGUGCGGACAGAUGGCAUCAUUAACAUCUCGGCAAAAAUGGCCGCGCCGGCAGCGGCACCGGCACACUCGUAUGAGGUUCCGCGGCCGGAGAUGGGAGUGCCAGCCGGUGAUCAGAGGAAGAUGGUGUCGGCCGGUGGAUUGGUGACUGGAGUCCCAGUUUGGUACGCUCAGCCUUGUAGAUGUUGAAGCCAGAGCUGAUCAAACUAAGUUGACCUUUUCUGUC